UUCUCUCUCUAAAAAACCAUGCCUUCUCUCUAUCUUCACUUGUUCCUCUUGAUACCUGUACUGGUUGGCCAUGUUUUUGCUGAUGAUCGAACGGCUAAAACUUACAUCGUCAGAGUUGACAGCGAAUCCAAGCCGUCGGUGUUCCCUACCCAUUUCCAUUGGUACACCGCUGAGUUCACGGAACCCACCGCCAUCCUCCACGUAUACGACACCGUUUUCCACGGAUUUUCCGCCGUGUUGACGCCAUUCCAAGCUGCGUCGGUUCUCAAGCACCCAUCAGUCCUCGCCGCAUUCGAGGACCGCCGCCGUGAGCUCCACACCACUCGUUCGCCGCAGUUCCUGGGUCUGAGGAAUCAGCGCGGCCUCUGGUCGGAGUCUGAUUACGGUUCUGAUGUUAUAAUUGGAAUUUUUGAUACGGGGAUUUGGCCGGAGCGACGGAGUUUCUCCGAUCUGAAUCUCGGCCCCGUUCCGAAACGGUGGAGAGGAGUAUGUGAAGUAGGCGUGAAGUUCAGUUCGAAGAAUUGUAACAGAAAAAUCGUCGGGGCUAGGUUUUUCUCGAAAGGGCACGAGGCGGCUUCUGGAUUUGGGGGAAUUGUUGGUGGUAUCAACGACACGGUUGAGUUCAAAUCGCCGAGAGAUGCCGACGGCCACGGGACCCACACGGCCUCCACCGCCGCCGGGAGACACGCUUUCAAGUCGAGCAUGGAGGGUUACGCUUCCGGAAUCGCGAAAGGCGUGGCGCCGAAAGCGCGCCUGGCGGUUUACAAGGUGUGCUGGAGGAGCGCGGGCUGCUUCGAUUCCGACAUUCUGGCGGCGUUCGACGCCGCCGUGAACGACGGUGUCGAUGUAAUUUCGAUUUCCAUCGGCGGUGGCGAAGGCAUUUCCUCCCCGUAUUAUCUCGAUCCAAUUGCAAUCGGUGCGUACGGCGCCGUUUCGAGGGGGGUUUUCGUUUCCUCUUCAGCUGGAAACGACGGGCCUAACGGUAUGUCAGUCACUAACCUCGCCCCCUGGCUCACCACUGUCGGCGCCGGCACAAUCGAUCGGAACUUCCCGGCGGACGUUAUUCUCAGCGACGGAAGAAAAUUCUCCGGCGUAUCCUUGUACUCCGGUGAACCACUGAACGGUAAAAUGUAUCCACUAAUCUACCCCGGCAAAUCAGGGAUACUUUCUGCUUCCCUUUGUAUGGAAAACUCACUCGACCCUAACCUGGUGAAGGGCAAAAUUGUCAUCUGUGAUCGCGGUAGCAGCCCACGUGUUGCAAAGGGAUUGGUCGUCAAAAAGGCUGGCGGCGUAGGAAUGAUCCUCGCCAAUGGAGCUUCCAACGGAGAGGGUCUCGUCGGAGAUGCCCACUUGAUCCCAGCUUGUGCAGUGGGCUCUAACGAAGGAGAUGAAAUCAAGGCCUACUUAUCCUCAAAUCCUAAAGCAACUGCAACAAUCAAUUUCCAGGGCACUGUGAUAGGAAUCAAACCCGCUCCGGUGGUUGCUUCGUUCUCCGCCCGAGGUCCAAACGGGUUAAACCCGGAGAUCCUCAAACCCGAUUUGAUUGCACCCGGAGUCAACAUCUUGGCUGCUUGGACAGAAGCAAUCGGUCCAACGGGUCUUGAUUCGGAUACCCGUAAAUCAGAAUUCAAUAUCUUAUCCGGCACUUCAAUGGCUUGCCCUCAUGUAAGCGGUGCAGCUGCCUUGCUCAAAUCCGCCCAUCCUGAUUGGAGCCCCGCCGCUAUAAGAUCAGCAAUGAUGACCACUGCAAACUUACUCGACAACUCUUUUAACCCGAUGCUGGACGAAUCCAGUAAAAAACCCGCCAACCCGUAUGAUUUCGGGUCGGGUCAUUUGAAUCUUGAUUUAGCAAUGGAUCCGGGUUUGGUUUAUGACUUGACCAACAAUGAUUACGUUAAUUUCUUGUGUGCGAUUGAGUACGGACCCAAGACAAUUCAAGUGAUCACACGGUCGCCGGUGAAUUGUCCGGCGAGGAAGCCGUUGUCGGAGAAUUUUAACUACCCGUCGAUUGCAGCUUUGUUUCCGAGUGGGUCGGAUGGGGUUUCUAGCAAGACCUUUUAUAGAAUGGUGACUAAUGUGGGCGGGUCGAAUGAUGUGUAUACGGUUAAGGUUGACCCGCCGAAGGGGGUUGAGGUUAGCGUGAAACCAGAGAAGCUGGUUUUUUCGGAGAGUUCGAGGAGAUUGGGUUACUACGUGACUGUAACUAUCGAUAGUAAGAAUCUCGUGUUGGAUGAUUCGGGUGCAGUUUUCGGGUCGAUUUCAUGGGUCGAUGGGAAGCAUGUGGUUCGAAGCCCCAUUGUGGUCACUCAAAUAGAUCCGUUGUAGAAAAUGGGUUCUAAUCUUGAAACUAGGUUGGAAAAAAUCCAAUUGGGAUUGGAUUGGAUUGCAAAUGGUGUUUCUAACACAUCUUCUUGAAAGGUGUGAUGGGGUGACAGGGGAAAAUGCAUUAUAGUGUGUUAUUUUCUAGUAUUUUUUGCUUUUUAAUGUGUGUUGAUGUAUAAUGUAUGUAUAGAUGAGAAAUUGUAUGUGAUCAUCUUUACAAGUGCAAGAAUAGUGUAGUAGUUCUUGCAGUUUGCCAUAUCCUAUGUUUGCUGUUUUACUGCAAAAUCUUACAUGAAGGGGACAACAAGAAAGUAGAGUACUUUGAGUAAUUGAUGAUAAUAUAUUUUCUAAUUAAUUGUUA